UGUAUUUGUUAAUAACAAUCGGAGCAGUUCCGAUUUCUUUGGCGACGACCGCGACUGAGGAUGGAAGAGCCGUCAUCUAACCGAGAUUUCGAUGCCGGAAUAUCGCACGAAUGUGAUUUCCGCAUACGUGGCUGUUUUUUUGACACGUGGCAUUGACGAACUUCUCCUCCUCGUGUGGUCGUAGUAUGGGGAAGUAAAAUAAGAUUACUCCACGAUCUCGAGUAUUAAUUUUCCGCAAGUCGGUCGAUUACGAGAUAGCGGGUUUUGCUUUUCCCUUUUUUUAUCCUUCAGUUAUUCAGAAACGUCUGUUUACUUGUUUCAAAAGUCAUGCGUUGUAUCCGGAAGUUGCAGGUAUCGUAUUUCGCGAGAUACUCCCACGACACUCACGCGAAAUGUUUGCAUAUUUAUUUCCUAAUUAAUCGUAAUUUGGCAGCUUGUAUUGUAUGAGCAUCCGGUUGACCAACUUUGAAGCUUCAAAGAACAUGAGAAUCCGUGUGCACGCACGUGUAUACCGCUACCAGGCUGAAGUGAAGGCAGUCCUCCAUUUUCGCGCUGAGUAGACAAUCAGGAGAGAAUGCCAUGCAGAAGGCCAAGGACGAGAGCCUUAAGAUCACGACGGCUUUCUUUCGAGUCAGCUUCGACGAAGGCAACCAAGACAAUGACAACGAUGACGACGAUGACAAAGAGAAAGAAAAUGAAGCCUCGCGAACGAAAGAAUCGGAGGAAACCGUCUCAUGGUCGCUUCCGCCUCAAGAAACCGAGAGGAGGCCGAGUGACCCAGAAGAGAAAAAAGUUUCCUCAAGCCUGGCAGUUUCGUCAAGCUCAGCCGUGUCCGAUUCCGAGCCUGCAGCUUUCAUUUCGUACGUAAAAAGCUGCUCUGUCAAAAGUUCGCCCGCGAGCUUCGUUUCCACUCCCGGAGCUUCGUCGAGUUCGAGCAACGUGGCGGAAGACGCGACGGAAGGACACGACGGAGUUAGCAGCGACAAGUUAGUGCCUCCGAUGAUUGGAACGCGAAGACUUACGGUGCCGGUGGUGGAUUCGGACAGGGUCUUCUCCGUGUACAAUCGUCAACGUUCGCUCGCGCCAGAACCAUCCGCCAGGCUUCGCUCCUUCUCGUCGACCAACGAGGAUCACCCGAGCUCGAUCAUGACGAGCCAGUCGAGACGCUCUCACUUGUCGUCGAGCUUGCUCGAGGUUCCUCGUGAGACUUCGGGCUCCCUUGGUCGCCUCUCUUCGUCCGACUCGGAGAAGAGGCCGACGAUUGCUGAGAACUCGGUCAUCGACGAGGAAACGGCGGAUACGCCGACAAGCGUUGUUGUCGAAGACGCUCCCGACGAGAGAUCCGGCAAGAGCGGUACUCGUAGGCUGACGUUGCCGAUGACGAGCUCCGAUCUCAGCCGGUCCACGUUUCACGAGGAUCCGGCGAAGAGGUCGCCGACCUUCGAGGACAUCGUGGCCGGCACCAGCGUGAACCCGAUCCGGAAGUUCAGCAUCGCGAACGCGGCGAUCUGCUCGAGCCUGGCGCCGAGUCUGCUCGGCGCUGUCUCGGGAGUACCGAGCAACCUGCUGCCGAACGGAAACGGCCGGAGCAGCGAUUACCUCAGCCGCAGCGUGAUGACCUUGUCGAACCUGUCGACCACCUCGACCGUCACCAGCGACGACACCUCCAUAGGCAGGACCGGGCGUAGGCUACGACAGCUUCUGCGUCUUCAUAUAUCCGAGCAGCUGCCCGGCGCGACCUGGCAUGGCGCCGAGGACUGCCAUCAUCAUCUCCAUCAUCAUCAGCAACAACAGCACGAUCAUCAUCAUCAUCAUCACCAUCACCAUGUAUUCCCGCAUAUUCACGUACCCACCAUCACUUUCACGGCGCCGGCCAACGACGGCACCGGCCGCAAGUUCAACUUCGCCAUACGAAGGCACUCGCAGGCGACGUUGCAUCGGACUGACUCCAUGGUAUCGCUUUCUUACCGAUCGCUCGCGAGCUACAUCACGGAUGACAAUCUCGCAGAACUGCAGAAUUUCCUCGAGAACAAGCGAGCGCAGGUCGACGAUAGAGAUGAGAAUGGCAGCACCGCUCUCAUCCUCGCAGCAACCAAGGGGAAGAUACAAUUCGUCCGAGUGCUCAUCAAUCAUGGAGCGGACGUCAAUGCUGAAGACGGGGAUAACUGGACGGCGUUGCUGUGCGCGGCGAGGGAAGGCCACACCGAGAUCUGCCUCGAGUUGCUGGAGCACGGUGCUGAUUUGGAGCAUCGAGACAUGGGAGGAUGGACGGCGCUCAUGUGGGCGACGUAUAGAGGCAGGUCGGCGACGGUGACGAUGCUGCUGGCGCGAGGGGCUGACGUCAGUGCACAUGGGAAUUUUCAUAUUUCCUCGUUAUUAUGGGCGGCUGGCAGGGGUUAUACCGAUAUAGUGAAAGAUCUCAUUGCUCACGGGGCGAAGGUCAAUGUUGGCGACAAGUACGGCACUACAGCACUCGUGUGGGCCUCGCGUAAGGGAAACGUGGACAUCGUGGAUAUCCUUCUCAAGGCCGGGGCUAACGUCGACACAGCCGGCAUGUAUUCGUGGACGGCCUUGCUCGUGGCUUCCCUCGGUAACCAUGUGGAUGUAGUUUUACUACUAUUGGAGCACAGACCAAACGUGAACGCUCUAGACAAAGACGGCUGCACAGCACUGGCGAUAGCCUGCCGAGAGGGUUAUCACGAAAUAGCGAAUGCGUUGUUAAAUGCUGGUGCAUACGUUAAUAUCCAGGAUCGCACCGGCGCCACGAAUCUGAUCCACGCCGUUAAAGGCGGUCACAGAGGUGUGGUGGAGUCGUUGCUGAAGAAAUACGCGGACGUUGACGUCGCCGGAAAGGAUAAAAAAACCGCAACUUACAUAGCAGUAGAGAAAGGCAAUAUACAGAUACUCAAAUUAUUACUAAACGCUAACCCAGACCUGGAGAUUGCCACGAAAGACGGCGACACGCCUUUACUGCGGGCGGUGAGGGUGCGUAACGCCGAUAUCGUGCAAUUGCUUUUAGACAAGAAAGCCAAGGUCUCGGCUACGGACAAGAAGGGCGACACUGCACUGCAUAUCGCGAUGCGCGCUCAAUCGAAAGCGAUCGUCGAGAUACUACUGAGGAACCCAAAGAAUAGCCAGUUAUUGUACCGUCCGAACAGACAAGGCGAGACCCCCUACAGCAUCGACUUCAAUCAUCCCAAGACGAUACUUGGACAGAUAUUCGGUGCUCGCCGUUUAAAUACUAACGAGGAUAGUGAGAACAUGCUCGGUUACGACCUGUAUAGCAGCGCGCUGGCAGAUAUUCUCAGUGAACCGUCGCUCUCGACGCCAAUGACUGUCGGCCUUUACGCGAAGUGGGGUUCUGGCAAAUCGUUCUUGCUAAACAAACUUAGAGAGGAAAUGAAGAAUUUCGCGCGGCAGUGGAUUGAUCCAGUGUUCCAAUUCUCUUCCCUGCUGUUUUUAGUAAUAAUUCACAUAUCCUUACUAGUGACAGUCACCAUAGGCCUCACCCUACAGUCAUGGGUCAUCGGCAUCUUAUGCGGCAUAAGCCUGAUAAUUAUCGUUUAUUUCUUCCUGAUUCUCGUGUGGUACGCCAACAAGAGGUACGAUUGGUACUGGCCGUAUAAUCUGACAGUGGCGCUCACCACAAAAUUGAACGCCCUGAAGCUACUGCUGCAAGUGAUCUUUUGUCAUCCACCGGGCGGUCAGUGUCGUCACGACGGCAUAGCAGUACAGCCGAUCAAGUUUUACUUCACCGAUCAAACUCGCGUGGGCACAACCGCUGCUGGCGAGAAUGCGAUCGUGCAAAUGAUCGGUUCGUUGUAUGACAGUAUCGAAAAUGACUUUGGUUCCUUAUCUACCAGAUUAUACAGAGCAUUCCGGCCGAAACCCGACAAGUCGUCCACCACGUGGAGGUGGAGACGCUUGUGUUGCUUGCCAUACAUAGUAAUAUUCGAAUUCUGCUUCUGCAGUUUGUUGCUCGGCAUCUCGGUGCUCACGAUUUACCUCAUGGACAUCUCGAACGACCAAGUUAGGAUGGAUCGAUUCACCUCACACAUCAUCAUGAUUACAAUCGGCUUAGUCUUGGGCGUCAGUGUUGUAGCUAAUCUGUACACAUGGAGUAGAACGAUGCAAGCGCUGGUAUUUUCGCAAAGGAGACACCUCCAACGUAACAUCUCUAGAUUGGAGACUCUGAAGAGCGAAGGUUUCACUCAGAGUCUGAAAGGCGAAGUUAAGCUGAUGACGGAAAUGGUUAAGUGCUUGGAUAGCUUCAUGGCGCAACAAAGCAGACUGGUUAUAAUAGUGGACGGCUUGGACAGCUGCGAGCAGGAUAAAGUCUUGCUAGUAUUAGAUGCCAUACAGACUUUACUCAGCGAUAACGGAUAUCCCUUCGUCGUGAUACUAGCGAUUGAUCCACACAUCAUAGUUAAGGCAGUAGAGAUAAACAGCAGAAGACUGUUUUCGGAGUCGAAUAUCGGCGGCCACGAUUACUUGCGGAACAUGGUUCAUCUUCCGUUUUACCUGCAAAACAGCGGCCUACGGAAAGUGAAGGUGGCGCAGCAGACCGCACAGCAUUGCAAAAAGACCGCGUGGUCGGAGGCCGAAGAGAGUGUCAAUUACACCGCUACCAGCACCAUGCAUCAUUCGGUGUCUAGUCGAAGACUCAGCACGGAAUCGGCGAUCAUGAAUAGCAACGAAAAGCUGAAACCUCAGACAAGAAAGGGCAGUAGGAAGUUGCGGCUGAGCGAGUCAAUCGCGAGCAGUAUAGGCAGCAAUUUAAAUCGCUUAGGCGGUGCACAAGAUCUCAACAAGAUGCUGCUCACUGACGAUUACUUCAGCGACGUGAACCCACGUAGCAUGAGAAGAUUAAUGAACGUUGUUUAUGUGACCGGUCGUUUACUUAAAGCAUUCCAGAUUGAUUUCAAUUGGUAUCAUUUGGCCAGUUGGAUUAACAUUACUGAGCAGUGGCCUUUCAGGACAUCUUGGCUUAUUCUUUACUACGACAUGUAUGAAGACAGCUUGGACGACAACAUGUCGUUGAAAAGUCUGUACGAUAAGGUGCGACCGCAAAUCCCAGUGCUGAAGGAAGUCCAACCACUUCUAGAAAUGGACAGAGACGAACGAAAGCUGGACGUCUUCCUCACCUUUCAUCGUGCCAGACUGCUCGUCAGUGAUAUGAAGAUAUUCUUGCCUUUCACCAUCAACCUAGACCCAUAUAUCAAGAAAAAGAUAAAAGAGGAGCAGCAGAGUAUAGAGGAAGACGCGAACGUAAACUUUUACAAAACAGGCGUCGUUCCUCACGGUCACAGCACCCAGGUGGAUCAAAGAGCCCCGGCCAAAAUCCCGAUGAAUCGAUACUCGAGAGUUCAGAGACAAUCGAGCUUGCAAGGAUCAGUGCCACCAACUCCAUCGUGGGCAUUCCAACCCAGCUUCGAAUGGCAUGCACCCUGGCUGCACUCUAUACCGCCUAUGGAGCCGCCACCGAAACCUCAUCCAGCAAUAACUACGUUACCUUCCGAGAUUACGGAGGUGCCGCUUUCGUCCUUGUCGGUGAACGGGGUCUGUGAACUGAUCGAUAAAAUCGACAAUAUAAAUCCGGCUCAAAUUCCGACGUAUAAGCACAUCGUUAAGGAAAGUAAUAUCAGCGGUCGAGUUCUACUGCACUGUGAUCUACACGAGCUGAAAAAGGUGUUUAAAAUGGCUUUCGGUGAUUGGGAAAUAUUCCGUAUGGUGCUCAUGACGCUCAGGGAGAUGGAACUCUCGUCGUUUACGAUAUGUGAUGAAACUUCAAGAAGCGUUCGAUUUACUGUAGGACCUGAACAAGCUGCACGGAAGGAUCAUGCUCUGCAAAACAAUUCGAUACGUCCAAAUGCUCACACGGAGAAAGAAAAGGGAACGUCGAGGACAGACGGACCAUCCCGCCGAGAUCAGAACAAACAGUCUAUCAUGGAGAAACAGUUCCAGGUAACGUUAGAAGAACAAAUGAUUUGCGGUGCGCUGCAGACCUUGAACGAGGAAGCCUGCGAGGAUGUGUUAGAUGUGCCAUUGCCAGCAGUGGCACCAACAGACUCACUUUCAGGAUCUGCCGCCACCACAAUCCCGGACACGGAGUACGUGUUGCUUCAGGCUAGUCCGCUCUACCACUGGAUGCCGGUGAGCGACGAGCCGGGCAGUUCGGACGACAGCUCGCACGACUCCACGGUGUUCCUACAGCGCACCAGCUCGCAGCGCAGCAUCACGUCUCAACGUAGCACAAAAUCCACCUGCUCGCACAAGCAGCCCUUGAAGAGGACCGGCAGUAACCUCAGCACCAGACCGUCUUCGCUCUUUGUCUCGCCACCGCCGUCGCCGAAACCUGCCUUCCGCUCCAAGUCAACUGACGACAGAUAUAUGGGUAACAAUAUACCACUGAAGAUCACGUCGUUGUCAUCAUCGGUGCCUGCAAAGAAGAAACGUUCGACUUCGACCUCAACGGCGAACGACGAGGUCGUGAUAUCGAUGCAGGUCCCUACUUCUAGUCUGGAGAAACUGUCGAAGCUGAGGGACCGCUUGAUCGGUAGUAAUGUGCAGGGCUCGCCGGCACCCGGUGGCGAGAGCGACGACGAGUCCACGCCCUUGGUAUCCGAGUUAUCCACACCGACGCACUCCCAGUCGGACAGCGUGUUCAGGCACGAUUGUAGCGCGGAGAACAGCAGCUCGCCGUCGUCCAACAGGAGCUUACCGCGGGACGGCGAACGCUGCUGCAUAGAGGUAGACUAUUCGGACACCGUGGGCCUGGUGAUCCUGGAGUCAUUAUCCAGCGGUGCGCGACCGCGAAGUCGGCAUGAACCAACCGACGACCAUUGGGACAAUCCGGAAACGCCCGUCUGAUAUUUAAUGCUAUCGUCAGCGGGUGAAUGCUUGACGGAAAGUGCGACACUGCAUUCCACAAGGUACGGAAAUCCGUAAAAGAGGAAGAGAAAGUCGAGGAGGGACAAGAAGAACAUAACGGAGGCGGAGAAAUGGGGGGCAGAGAAGACGUCGAGGACGAAGAGAAGGAGAAAAGACAAAGAAGAAGAGAAAACCAUCGAACACUUUACUACGCAAUAACUGUUGAUGCACAAUACGUCGUUCGACUGAUACGUCGUAUACAAGUCUGAAAGUGUGACUCGAGGCAUCUGUCAUUACGAAAAGGCCUGUGUGUGCGUGCACGUUUUGAAUAAUAUAUCGCGAUAACGUAUCAGUUCUUCGUGUAAAUAGCGGAGAGACAGAGCGUGGAGCGGCGUUUACUUUUAGAUAAAACGUUAAUGAACGUGUUCAUCCGCUUAGAGAAUUGACAUAGGCCUCGUCGCGACGAGGAGACUAAGAAAAUGCCUUUUACGCGUGAGUUGCGUUGUGCAAUAGUCUCGAAUUAGCCAAACGAGAUGUACGAAGUGACAUUCCGUGUAAAUAGCGAUGCAUUUACGGAUGCGCAAACGUUUGCUUCUUUUUACUAACGUACGAACGUAACGAGGCGUGGGUACUAAAAUACGCGCAGUAAACGCGAAGGAUCCCUCGCUGAUGUAUAUAGCACGCGUACCGGGAUAUCCAGUAAUCGAUUUCGCGUCAAUUCAUAAUGCCAGUGCAAAUAGGUGACUUAAAGAGAAAAUGACGAGCGAAUGCUGAAGUAUUUUGAAGAAAAAAAAUACUCGCACGCGAGACUAAUAUACAUGUACGUAUAUAUAUAUAUAUAUAUAAAUUACGCGACUGUUGAUUAGAUUGAUACAUUUAGUAUAAUCUAUAGGGAAAAAAUUCCAUUCACCGAUAUAAUUCUAUGAAAUAAAAAUGUAGAAUGUUAUAAAUUUCUCUCCGAACGGCCAGUUAGUCAUUUAUAUUAUUUCUCUCUCUCUCUCU